ACUAAUGUUGAGGAAUCCCACAUUGGCUUUCUUGCUACAUUACAGUGAAGUUGACCACAUUGUAACUUUAACUUUAACUUAAUAUACAGCUGACAAGUGACCUAAAAGUAACUGUGGUCUGGCUUUAAGCCAAGAACAGAACUGAAAUGUCGUCAGAAACUGCGGCAUCUGUGAAAGAGGAGACAAAAGAAGAGGAUUUUGAUGACUUCUUAUACUCUUACAUACAUGCCAAACAAACAGUGGAUGUGAAGCCUGAACUGCAACAAGACUUCAAAAUGGAAGUGGACGAGUCGCCUAUCAUUUCUUGCCAAGAUUUUGUAAACACCACAAAGGAUAUGAAGGAAGAAGGGAAGGAAGAGGAAUAUGAUUUUGUAAACACCACCGGGGCAAUAAAGGAAGAACUGAAAAAAGAGGAAGAGGAUUUUGUAAACAUCAGCAAGGACAUCAAGGAAGAACAGCAAGAAGAAGAAGAUGCUGGGCAGUGCAGUAAAGCUGGAUCUUCUGAAAAAUGUGAUGUUGACCGGAUCCAGUCUAAUGGAAGAGAAAAUACAGAUGAAAACAUUCAUCAAAUACACAGCUUUCAGUUACCUGACUGUGAAAAGAGCUUUCCUAGGAUGGCAACUCUCAAGAGUCAUCAGACGAUCCACUCUGGGGAAAAGCCAUUUCAGUGCUCUGACUCUGGAAAGAGUAUUCGUCUAAAGGGCAGUCUGAAGUCACACCAGAUGAUUCAUUCAGGGGAAAAUCCAAAUCCAUACCAGUGCUCUGACUGUGAAAAGAGCUUUCCUAACAGGUAUAAGCUCAAGAAACACCAGAUGGUUCAUUCAGGUGAAAGGCCAUAUCAAUGCUCUGACUGUGGAAAGGGUUUUAGACAGAUGUUCCGCCUCAGGGAACACCAGAUGGUCCAUACAGGGGCAAAACCUUUUCAGUGCUCUGACUGUGAAAAGAGCUUUACUACCAGGGCUGCUCUCAAGAAACACCAGGUGGUUCAUUCAGGGGAAAGGCCAUUUCACUGUUCUGAUUGUGGAAUGAGUUUUAGUCAAAAGCACACUCUGAAGUUACACCAGGUGGUUCAUUCAGGGGAAAGGCCAUUUCACUGUGCUGAUUGUGGACGACGAUUUAAACGAAUGGUCAAUCUCAAAACACACCAGAUGAUUCAUUCAGGGGAAAAGCCUUUUCUGUGCUCUGAUUGUGGAAAGGGUUUUAGUCAAAAGCAGACUCUGAAGUUACACCAGAUGGUUCAUUCAGGGGAAAGGCCAUAUCAGUGCUCUGAUUGUGGAAUGAGUUUUCGUAAAACGAGCAAUCUCAAGUCACACCAGAGGGUUCAUUCAGGGGAAAAGCCAUUUCAGUGCUCUGUCUGUAAAAAAUGCUUUGAACAGAUGGUCAAUCUCAAGUUACACCAGAUGAGUCAUUCAGGGGAAAAGCCAUAUCACUGCUCUGACUGUGAAAAGAGCUUUCGUUACAGCUCUACUCUCAAGAAACACCAGAUUGUUCAUUCAGGUGAAAGGCCUUUUACAUGCCAUCACUGUGGAAAGGGUUUUUCUCAAAAAAACAAUCUUAAGACCCACCAAAAAAACAAUUGCAGAGGCAAACACAGGGUAAUGCAGUAGACCUAAAUGAAGAAUUUGUUGCAAAAUGAGUUCUACCUUUUUUUCUGCUUUCACAUUUUUCUAGGCGUAUUUGAAGAGACUGGUCAGAUGUGUGAUUCCUGGCCAUUCAAAUAUUUUGAGAACAUGCUUUUAAACCUAUAUAAAAUACAUGUUGAAAUGCAAUGCCCAAUACAAGAAUGUCAAUUUCUCAAAAUAUUCCAAAAUGGAUAUAAGUCAUUUUGCUACAAAACUCUUAAAAUGUCAAUGCAGUCCUGCAUACAAAAAAACAUUUAUAUUGACAAAGAACAAAAAACGGAAAUUACUUUUACUGCUGUGUAAAUGGUAUGCCAGUGUUUUAAGUGUAGACAUUACAUUGCAUCACAUUUAGCUGACACUUUUAUCCAGAGCAAUUUACAAAUAUUACAGGUUAUUGGCUACAGUUCUUGGGGUGAUGUAGGGUUAGGUGCCUUGCUCACAGGCACUUCAACCAUAGAGGGAGGAAGGGAUUGCUAAGGGUGGGCAUUGAACCCACAACCCUGUGAUCAAAAGUUCAAGUUCAUAACCAUUACACCAUGGCUACCCCGACUGAAUGUAAAUGAAAUACAUGAAACUCGUGAGAGUUCAUACUUGGAAAAUGUUGAUAUGCUGUACGAAGGCCCAAAUGUUCCUUAUGAAGCAAACUAUAAAAUAAAGAAUGCAAUGGUCUGGUUUAA